GAGCCGGCUUCGAUGCGGUGUGGUUCCGCGCGCGCGCCUCCUCCCCUCUUGGGUGGUCUUGGGCCAUGCCCCGCUACGAGCUGGCUUUGAUCCUGAAAGCCAUGCAGCGGCCAGAGACAGCUGCUGCUUUGAAGUGGACGCUUGAAACCCUGCUGGCCUGAGGGACCAUGGUGAGAGACCUGGAGAACCUGGGGGAGCGGUUGCUGCCUUACAAGAUGUACGCCCACAAUCAGAAGCACAGUUGUGGAGGGUAUUUCAUGGUGGAUUUUCACGCACCGCCAACCCUGGUUGAAAGCAUCAUGGAGCACUUGUCUCGAGACACUGAUGUGAUCAGACCAAAUAUCGUGAAACACCCUCUGACCCAGGAAGUGAAAGAGUGUGCAAGAAUUGUCCCUGUCCCACUUGAAGAAAAGCUGUAUUUCGUAAAGAAGAAGAAGAAGUGAGAAGACUCACCCAGAUUGUAGCCUUAUACUUUAUUCUCUCAUUCUGGGGCAUCCAAAAUAAUAAUUUAUGAACUUACCCUUUAUCUGAUGGUGUGGUACAGGUGGUGUUGAAGGUGGUGUCAAUCCUUGGACUCCUCUACUUUAAGCCCUGGGCCAUGUCUUGCUCAGAGUGAUCUAUGGUGCCAACCUUUCUUUGGCUUUAUUUUGUUAAUGUUUAUUCCAUUGCCAGUGAGGGUCUGGGGCCCUACAACAUUUCACACCAUCUUGGAUGACAAGCUACUUAGGAAAAAGAAUAUUUUAACACCACCAGAUUAAGCGAGAAAUAAUGUGACCAGGGUAAUAAAUAUAAUUCAAAAAGCUUGAAA